AUGGCCUUCAACCAUCCAGCCCAACAAUUAAUGUCCAAAAUAAUACUAACAAAGGUUGCUGAAGAGACGCAGAGGAAGAGGAAAGCUCUUGAGGAGGUGGGCAAUGGAGAAAAUGGUGGGAGUGUUGGCCUUGGUAUUGACGGCAUAAAUCCCAAAAACCCUCACAGCAAUUUCAGUGUCUUGGCUGAAGAACCGGUAAUGGGGUGGGGAGGAGGGGUGGUGGGUGGUUGUCUCUCAACAACAAAGGGAAAUCAAGGGGGAGGGGGAGAGGGUCUGGGUGGUUGUUGA